CAAAUUCAUCUUUGUAGUCGUCCUUUUCGUCUUCCCUUUGCUCUGGUCUCCUCGACGCAUCUCCGCCUUGCUCCGCGCUUCCUUCCACCAGAUCGGCCCGACAAUAACCGAUUCCGAAGCUUUGCGACCAUGGAAUUCUGUCUCGAGCACUGAUCCGUUCGGCGUCGUUUACUUACCGGGCGGUCCUGUCCGCCCCUGUCGCAACCCGGCGCGUCUCCAAAAAGAUGGGAUCUUUGGUCCCUGGAGUCGGGUCGGGGGCCUACGACGAGGGAUUCUUUGUCUGUCAGUCUCAAUGAAGCUUAGGUAUCAAGAACUCUAGCUUAAGAAUUCUUUCUUCGGUCCUGGGGCUCCUUUCGUGCAAUGGCAUCGUCGCCAGUGAAGUUCUUCAGCGCUCUUCUGGUCGUUUCUUCGGUUGGAUGGGUCAUUUUUGUAUUUGCUUCCAGAUUGCUGGCUUGGUUUUUGAGUCGGAUUUUGAAGGCAUCUGUUGGCUUACGGGUUGCUGGGUGCAAUUGUCUAAGGGAUGUUACCAUGAAAUUCCAAAAGGGUUCCAUUGAAUCAUUAUCUAUUGGAGAAAUUAAACUCAGUUUUCGCAAAUCACUUGUCAAGCUGGGAUUUGGUUUUAUCUCUAGGGAUCCCAAACUUCAAUUGUUGAUAUCUGAUAUUGAAGUUGUAAUAAGACCUUCACUGCAAAGCAAAAAGGUAAAUAAUGCUAGCAGGGUGGAGAAACCUCGAUCUGCUGGAAGAGGGAAGUGGAUGUUGCUAAGUAGCAUUGCUAGAUUUCUUUCGGUUUCAGUGACAGAUUUCAUUGUGAAGGUGCCAAAAGCAAUCAUUGAAGUCAAAGAACUUAAGUUGGACAUUUCUAGAGAAGAACCAAAUCAGAUUCUUCGUGUCAAAUUGCACCUUGUACCAUUUAUGAUUCAUUUAGGUGAUCCAUUUCUCAGUGUUGAUAAUACUUUAACUUCUAAUCAAAAGGAAUGUUUGCAAGAUGAACAAUCAUUUUCUUCUGUUAUGGAGAAGAACUCUUUUAUAUGUGAGGACUUGUCAGUGGCUUGUGAUUUUGGUCACGACAGGGAGAAAGGUAUCAAAGUCAGCGAUCUGGACAUGGUAUGUGGAGAUGUUUCAGUUAAUGUUAAUGAAGAUCUCUUUAAAAGGAAAGAUAAAAAUCUGGAACUGCUAUAUGACACUGCAACUGAGGGUGCUACAUCAGCUAUGAUUUCUGAAAUAUCUGAAAAACACAAGUCCACCCCUUCCACAAAGAGGCAUAUUUUUGCUUUUCCUGAAAAGGUUAGCUUCAGUAUGCCAAAACUUGAUGUGAAGUUUAUGCACAGAGGAAAAGAUAUAAUGAUUGAGAAUAAUGUAAGGGGCAUACAUCUGAGCAGCAGUAAAUCACAGCUACAUGAGGAAUCAGGGGAGACUACAUCACAUUUUGAUGUUCAAGUGGUUUUCAGCGAAAUUCAUUUAUUAAAUGAAGGGACUAGUUCAAUCAUGGAGAUUAUGAAAGUUGCUAUUGUCACAUCUUUGGAUGUUCCGGAUGAACGGCUUCUACCUAUCAGAGUUGAGAUUGAUGUGAAACUUGGUGGUACCCAGUGCAAUCUCAUUAUUAGCAGAUUAAAGCCAUGGUUGCAACUCCUAAUGUCCAAAAAGAAAAGUUUUAGCCUUGGGAAGGAUAAUUCUCGACAUGAAAACUCUCAAACAAAUCAUGUUAAAUCAAUCAUGUGGACAUGUACUGUUUCAGCCCCAGAGAUGACUAUUGCCCUUUAUAGUGUUACAGGACUGCCGCUAUAUCAUGGUUGUUCACAGUCUUCACAUUUAUUUGCGAACAACAUAGCAUGUAAGGGGAUACAAGUCCACAUGGAACUCGGUGAGCUACAAUUGCACAUGGAAGAUGAAUACCAGGAGUGUUUGAAGGAGAACUUGUUUGGAGUAGAAACUAAUUCAGGUUCUUUAAUGCACAUUGCACGACUAAGUCUAGAUUGGGGUCAAAAGGAAAUUGAAUCCAAAGAACAACAAGGUCUAACUAGGUGGAUGUUGGUAUUUUCAGCUGAUAUAAGUGGUAUGGGAAUAAACUUUGGCUUUCAGCAUAUUGAGUCUCUUGUAUACAACUUAAUGUCAUAUAGAACACUGAUCAAAACCUUAUCAUCUUCUAAUAAAAGGGCUACAGAGUUUAAGGUUGCAUACUCUAGCAAAAAGUCAGCAAAAGGAACACGAAUAAUGAAACUGAAUCUUGAAAAAUGCUCAAUAUGCUAUCAUGGUGAAAUGGCUAUUGAAGAUGCUGUUGUAGCAGAUCCAAAACGUGUGAAUUUUGGUUCACAUGGCGGCCAUGUAGUAAUUAGUACAUCAGAAGGUGGGAUGCCACGUGUAGCAAAUAUUAUUUCAACAUUCCCAAAUAACAGUAAGAUCCUCAAAUUCUCAACAUCUCUUGAUAUCUUGCAGUUUAGUUUAUGUGUAAACAAAGAAAAGGAAUCAACACAGAUGGAAUUAGAGAGAGCUAGAUCUUUUUAUAUGGAAUUUACUGAAGGCCAUAAACCUGGUAGUAAAGUGACUUUGUUUGAUAUGCAAAAUGCAAAGUUUGUGCGUCGUUCUGGUGGUCUUACUGAUGUUUCUGUUUGCUCCCUAUUUAGUGCAACUGAUAUUACUACUAGAUGGGAACCUGAUGCUCAUUUGGCAUUAUACGAAAUUUUUGCUCGUGUUAAGCUUUUAUUAAAUAAUAGCAAGAUCCAACACUCUGACAAUGAGAUAAAGGUGUUGGCUGAUAGAGUGAAAGAAUUGGAAUUUGAAAAGGUUUCUAUGAAAGAUAAAAUUCGAGCUGAAAAGCUACUUGGUAAACAAGAGUCAAUUUUUGCUGUUGAUGUGGAGAUGUUAAGAGUAUCUGCUGAAGUUGCAGAUGGUGUGGAAACAGAAAUUCAGGUACAGUCUAUCUUUUCAGAGAAUGCUAGGAUAGGUGUAUUACUUGAAGGCUUUAUGCUUAGUUUCAAUGGCGCCAGGGUGUUGAAAAGCAGCCGAAUGCAGAUUUCAUGUAUUCCAGUUCCACCAGGUAACACACAUGAUGCUAAGGCACAAUAUAGUGUGACAAGGGAUUGGGUCAUUCAAGGACUAGAUGUGCAUAUUUGUAUGCCCUACCGGCUACAAUUACGUGCUAUAGAGGAUUCUAUUGAGGAUAUGUUUCGGGGUUUGAAGCUUAUUAGUACAGCUAAAACCAGUAAGAUUUUUCCUACUAAGAAGGAUAGUUCAAAGACUACAAAAUUCAAAUCAACAAAAUUUGGUUCUGUUCGAUUUGUCAUACGGAAAUUCUCAGCGGAAAUUGAAGAAGAACCAAUUCAGGGCUGGCUUGAUGAGCAUUACUUCUUGUUGAGAAAUGAAGUGUGCGAGGAAGCUGUGCGCAUGAAGUUUCUUGAUGAGAUUCUGUCUUCUUGCAACAGGGUUAUGGGGAAUGGGGACAAAAGUGAUUUCAAAUUCCAAAAAGCUAUCCAUAAUGGAAUUGAGUUUGAUUUGAAUGAUUUUUCAGCUAUUAAGAGGUUGAAGGAUGACAUACACAGGCAAACAUUCAAAUCUUACUACCAGGCAUGUCAGAAGAUUGUCCAUGCAGAAGGAUCUGGUGCAUGCUCAAGAGAUUUACAAUCUGGUUUCCAAAUGAGUAGUCGUAGAUCUUCACUUCUAUCACUUUGUGCUACUGAGUUGGAUGUAACUUUGACCAGAAUUGAAGGAGGUGAUGAUGGAAUGGUUGAGUUCAUAAAAGAUAUUGAUCCAGUCUGCUUGUCUAAUGAUAUACCAUUCUCCAGGCUCUAUGGAAGAGAUAUUGAUGUACAUGCUGGUACUUUGAUUGCUCAGCUUAGAGACUAUACAUAUCCUCUAUUUUCUGGAAGUUUGGGCAAAUGUAAGGGGCGUGUUGUGCUUGCUCAACAGGCAACUUGUUUCCAACCCCAAAGACAUCAAGAUGUAUUCAUUGGGAGAUGGAGAAGAGUGCGCAUGCUCCGCUCAGCUAGUGGAACAACUCCACCAAUGAAAAUGUACUCUAACUUGCCUAUAUACUUUCAGAAAGGUGAAGUAUCUUUUGGAGUGGGAUAUGAGCCAGUAUUUGCUGAUAUAAGCUAUGCAUUUACAGUAGCUCUAAGGAGGGCUAAUCUAAGCACCAGAAGCCAGAAUUCUCAUUUAAAUUAUCAUAAUUCCUCAAAUGAUUCAACUGCUACAAAUUUAGUUCUAGAGAGUCAACUGCCUAAAAAGGAACGUAGUUUACCAUGGUGGGAUGAUAUGAGAUACUAUAUCCAUGGAAAGAUUGUGUUGUAUUUUAACAAGACUACAUGGAACUUACUUGCUACUACAGAUCCCUAUGAAGAAUUAGACAAACUUCAAAUUGUUUCGGAAUACAUGGAGAUUCAACAAACAGAUGGAAAAGUUUUAGUUGCUGCAAAGGAAUUUAUAAUUUAUAUAAGCAGUUUGGAGAGUUUGUUAAAAAGUUGUAGUUUGAAGCUUCCUGUUGUUUCUAGACCAUUUAUUCACUCCCCUGCUUUCUCUCUUGAGGUUGUAAUGGACUGGGACUGCAAGUCUGGAACUCCCCUGAAUCAUUAUUUACAUGCACUACCUAAGGAGAUGAACCCACGUGAAAAAGUAUUUGAUCCAUUCCGGUCAACUUCUCUUUCGUUAAGAUGGAAUUUCUCUCUAAGACCUUUGCUGCAGGAUGGUAAUCCUGGAGACAACAUGAUGCUAGAUCAGGCCAUCUAUGAGACUUCACAACAGUUGGAGAACAUUGAUUCCCCGCUUAUGAAUCUAGGAGCCCAUGACUUAGCAUGGGUAUUUAAAUGGUGGAGCCUAAAUUAUAACCCCCCAUAUAAGCUACGUUCUUUCUCCAGAUGGCCUCGAUUUGGAAUCCCAAGAGCUUCCAGAUCUGGUAACUUGUCUCUAGACAAGGUUAUGACCGAAUUAUGUCUUCGUCUUGAUUCCACACCUUCUUGCAUCAAGCAUAUGCCUUUAGGCGAUGAUGAUCCUGCAAUUGGUUUAACUUUUAAAAUGUCAAAAUUGAAAUACGAAUUAUGCUACAGUCGUGGAAAGCAGCUAUACACCUUUGAAUGCAAGCGUGAUCCUCUUGAUCUUGUCUACCGAGGACUUGACCUUCACAUGCUGAAAGCCUACUUAGAUAGAGAUUGUAGGUCAUCUGCAGCUCAUGAGAUUCAAGCAACUAAGAGAGCUUCAAUGACAGGUAAAGUCAAUGAUAAAUGCAGCCAACCACAUAAUUUUACGGAAAGAAGUAGGGAUGAUGGUUUUCUUUUGUAUUCUGAUUAUUUCACAAUAAGAAGGCAAGCACCUAAGGCUGAUCCUGAAAGAUUAUUGGCAUGGCAAGAAGCUGGAAGAAAAAAUCUUGAGAUGACCUAUGUUAGGUCGGAGUUCGAAAAUGGUAGUGAGAGUGAUCACACACAAUCAGAUCCAAGUGAUGAUGAUGGGUUUAACGUUGUAAUAGCUGACAAUUGCCAACGGAUAUUUGUAUACGGCCUCAAGCUCCUUUGGACACUUGAAAACCGAGAUGCUGUCUGGUCCUGGGUAGGUGGAAUAUCUAAAGUCUUUGAAGCUCCCAAGCCUUCUCCCUCUCGUCAAUAUGCACAGAGGAAAUUAAUUGAGGAACAACAGAAGAGAGAUGAACCUGAAGAUCCUCGUGGCGACAUCUUAGUCUCCUCUACUUCUGCAAUACAUGCUGGCAGUUCUGCUUCUAAACAAGCUGAAACAUCUGAAUCAAAUUCAUCAGGUUCUUCUUCAGGCAAAGCUGAAUGCAUACAAUCUGAUGUAAAUGUAAAGCCUGGGCAGAUUGAUGAUCCAGAGGAGGAAGGGACACGCCAUUUUAUGGUUAAUGUCAUUCAGCCUCAAUUCAAUCUUCAUUCUGAGGAAGCUAAUGGUAGAUUUCUUCUUGCUGCUGCCAGUGGCCGUGUUUUAGCUCGUUCAUUUCAUUCAGUUCUCCAUGGGUAUGAGAUGAUAAAGCAAGCUCUUGGAACUAGCAAUAUUAAAAUUCCAGAAUUCCAACCUGAAAUGACUUGGAAGCGAGCAGAGCUUUCAGUGAUGCUGGAACAUGUUCAAGCGCAUGUUGCACCUACUGAUGUUGAUCCUGGUGCUGGACUUCAAUGGCUACCGAAGAUUCUCCGAAGCUCACUGAAAGUAAAAAGGACGGGUGCUUUGCUGGAAAGGGUAUUUAUGCCAUGUGAAAUGUACUUCAGGUACACUAGGCAUAAGGGUGGAACUGCAGAUUUGAAAGUGAAGCCUCUAAAAGAGCUAUCCUUUAAUUCUCCUAAUAUCACUGCAACUAUGACAUCACGUCAGUUUCAGGUGAUGCUGGAUGUUCUCAGCAAUCUCCUGUUCGCCAGGCUUCCAAAGCCUCGUAGAAGUAGCCUUUCCUAUCCAUCUGAAGACGAUGAAGAUGUUGAGGAAGAAGCUGACGAGGUAGUUCCUGAUGGUGUUGAAGAGGUUGAAUUGGCAAAAAUUAACCUUGAGAAAACAGAAAGAGAGAGGAAGCUGCUCCUAGAUGACAUUAGGACCUUAUCGGGUGAUUCUCACUCUGAUUUGUGUUCACAAGAAAAGAGUGGUGACUUGUGGAUGAUUACCGGUGGGAAGUCUAUUCUGGUGCAAGGUCUAAACAAAGAUCUGGUAAGUAUUCAGAAGUCCAGGAAAGAGGCAUCUUCUGCAUUGCGGAGGGCUUUGCAAAAAGCUGCACAGCUACGUCUAAUGGAGAAAGAAAAGAACAAAAGUCCAUCUUGUGCUAUGCGGAUUUCCAUGAGAAUCAAUAAAGUCGUUUGGACUAUGCUUGCUGAUGGAAAAUCUUUUGCUGAAGCAGAGAUAAAUGAGAUGAUGUAUGAUUUUGAUCGGGAUUACAAGGACAUUGGUGUUGCUCAAUUUACUACUAAGUCCUUUGUUGUUAGAAAUUGCCUACCUAAUGCAAAGUCAAACAUGCUAUUGUCAGCAUGGAAUGCUCCUCCUGAAUGGGGAAAAAAUGUAAUGCUUCGUGUGGAUGCCAAGCAGGGUGCUCCAAAGGAUGGAAAUGCACCACUUGAACUUUUCCAGGUGGAAAUAUAUCCAUUGAAGAUUUAUUUAACAGAAACAAUGUACAGAAUGAUGUGGGAUUACUUUUUCCCAGAAGAAGAACAAGAUUCACAAAGACGGCAGGAAGUUUGGAAAGUUUCAACCACUGCUGGUUCAAGGCGCCCAAGAAAAAACUUUACUGGUCCUGAAGCAGCAUCAACUAGUCAAUCUACAAGAGAAGCUGAGGUACCAGGUAGACUUAGUGCAACAACUUUAACAUCAGGGAAUACUGGAUCCUCUGUUACUGGUUCUCAUGCUGAUACUUCUCAGGUAUCUAAGUUGCAGAAUUUGAAAGCAAAUAUGAUCUGUGGUUCAAAUCCAGAGCUUAAACGAACAUCUUCAUUUGAUAAAUCUUGGGAGGAAAACACACUGGAAUCUGGAGCUAAUGAACUUGAAUUCCAAGUUCAAUCACUGAAUAGCUCUUCAAAGAGUGGUCCUAUUAACUCAGUGCCAGAAAGUCAGCAAACAGCUAACGAGGCUUCUAAAAUUAGACCAAAAGACAGUAAGGCUAUUAAGUCUGCCCGUUUGCCUCAUGAAGAAAAGAGGGUUGGAAAAACCCAUGAUGAGAAAAGAGCUAGAGCCCGAAAGAUGAUGGACUUUCAUAAUAUCAAGAUAAGCCAGGUUGAGUUACAAGUUACAUAUGAAGGAUCACGAUUUGCUGUAAAUGAUUUGAGGCUGCUGAUGGACACAUUUCACCGUGUUGAUUUUACUGGCACUUGGAGGAGACUCUUUUCACGAGUUAAGAAACAUAUAAUUUGGGGAGUUUUAAAAUCUGUAACUGGCAUGCAGGGUAAGAAAUUUAAGGAUAAGGCCCAUAGCCAACGAGAAGUGCAUGGCAAUGCUGUUCCUGAUAUUGAGAUUAAUUUCAGUGACAGUGAUGGAGAUCAUCCUGGAAAAUCAGAUCAGUUUCCUGCAUCUUUGUUGAAGCGGCCAGCUGAUGAAGGGUUUGUCACUUCCAUCAAAGGUCUUUUCAAUUCCCAAAGACGAAAAGCUAGAGCGUUUGUCCUUAGAAUGAGAGGUGAUGCAGAAAAUGAUUAUCAUGGUGAAUGGAGUGAAAGUGAUCCUGAGUUCUCACCCUUUGCCAGACAACUGACGAUCACAACUAAAAAGCUUCUAAGACGGCAUACAAAAAAGUUUCGCUCAAGAGGGCAGAAGAAUUCAGGAUUAACGCUGCAACGUGAAUCAGUUCCUUCAACCCCAAGAGAAUCUACACCAUUUCAAAGUGAAUCAUCUGGAGAAUCUUCCUAUGAAGACUUGCAUGGGUAGAGUGAACAUCUGCAUGCAUUGUUUUACUUGUUGCUGGUGUUCGCUAAAGCCACAACACUAUCACUGCCAUGAUUGUCAAAUGAUCAAGAUUGUUAUAAACUUUGGCUGCCAAUUGAAGAUGAUGAAUAAUGAUAAUUUUCGUACAGAAUCAAAAUGUGGCGCUGAGCAGAGAUGAGAUAUUAGCUUUCCGGCACUAAUUUCUUCGACAAAAUGUGGCAGCCUUCAACUUGUAUAUAUCUUUGAGAUGCAUUGCUGUGCUUUUAAUAUCCAAUUGUAAGUCCAGGCAAUCUCUGUAUAGAAAGCUAUGUAGAAUCAACGGGCCCCCCCAUUUGUAGACAUUUUCUCGGCAAAUCUUGUGCCUUCAUUGUUUUCCCCCUUCGAACAUUGUACCCCAAAAAAGGCAAAUAAACAAUAUUAAGGUGGUCGGAUAUGCAGUUGAGCCUGUUGAGUUGAGUGGGUGUGUUGCUGAUAUGAAACUGUGAAACUGGAGUCGCUAAUUUUUUUUAUAUAUAUAUAUUCUUGAUGAUUUAUGAGGAAA